GGUGAUGACGUCAGUCUACGGCAAGUCGGAAGGGCCGAUCUGUGGAAGGGCGUUCCGAGCCCACGGAGCCUGUCUGAGAGGUCCGUGUGGAGGGCCAUGACUGAAUACAAGCUUGUGGUGGUGGGUGCUGGUGGUGUUGGAAAAAGUGCUUUGACCAUCCAGCUCAUCCAGAAUCACUUUGUUGAUGAAUAUGAUCCUACUAUAGAGGACUCUUAUCGUAAGCAGGUAGUGAUUGAUGGAGAGACUUGUUUGCUGGACAUCCUGGAUACAGCGGGACAAGAGGAAUAUAGUGCCAUGAGAGACCAAUAUAUGAGAACUGGUGAAGGUUUUCUGUGCGUGUUUGCCAUUAACAACAGCAAAUCUUUUGCAGAUAUCAAUCUUUACAGAGAGCAGAUAAAGAGGGUAAAAGAUUCUGAAGAUGUACCAAUGGUGUUAGUGGGAAACAAAUGUGACUUGCCAACACGAACAGUAGAUACCAAACAGGCUCAUGAAGUAGCCAAGAGCUAUGGGAUUCCCUUCAUUGAGACAUCUGCCAAAACGAGACAGGGUGUUGAAGAUGCCUUUUACACACUGGUGAGGGAGAUCCGUCAAUAUCGGAUGAAAAGACUCAACAGCAGUGAAGAUGGGAAUCAAGGCUGCAUGGGGUUGUCAUGCCAAGUGAUGUGAUUAGAUGCCGGAAAAAACAGUCCAAAGUGCAGCUAGAGUUUGAACCUGCAUUCCAAUGUGUUGCAUUUCAUGAUGAUGCCUGGCCAGUAUCCUGGUGCCUGUUGACCUGUACUAUUUUUUUUCUUCACUUAUCAGCACCAAAAGAGAAUGUCUCUGAACAUCUACCUCUUUUCUCAGCUGAGCAAGCAAAGAAAAUCACAAUUGUUGUGUGAUGGGAUUUCCCCCUUUUUUUCACUCUGGUAGGUUUAACCGGAGGAACUGAUCAUGUGUGAAACUGUCGAGGCCAAAUGCUAUGAAAGCAUCUCUCUAUUUUUUUUUAAGAAAAGCUGAAGCGAAUUAUAACUCAACUGGAUGAAAGUCUACUACUGUGUGCAAUGUGUGGUAAUGCUAUACCUGAUUUCCUAGACAACGUUGCCAAAGAGGGAAAUACUUGCUACAUUCCUUUACACAGUGUAUCUAAAAUGUUCUUAUAGCACAUCAACCUACUACGGCCUUUUGAACCCUUGGGAUUUUUUUAAUAGCAAAGGGAAUUACGAUACUUGAUAACCAAAUGCCUAUUUCCAAAGGCAAGCAAUGUUUUGUCCUACUUUGGCAGGUUGCAAGGAUGUGUGGGGUCUUAGCAGGCCCAUAUUGAAUAGAUGCCUUUGAUCAUUGUUCUGUGUAACAUAAUAUUGUCUACUAUUGAUGAGCAGUGGUUCUGCUGAAUGAUUCCUCUUAACAGGACUUGUCAGAGAUUUCAUAUGGGACUUUCUGCAUUCAGACUGUCUGCAACUGAGCUAUCUCUCACAUCCAGUUAUGAAUUGUGCACAAAGACUUCGGUUCACCACUGAUCGAAAGCACUUUGAUCUGUAACACACUGAGUGGGGAGAAUGGCAGUUGAUUGCUUUCCUCCAGUGUCAAAUACAUUCCAUUUAGCUUUCUUGACUGUGCUUGAAGCCUUCGGUGUGUCCCACCAAGGCCGGUUAACAGCUGUGGAAGCUACAUGUUCCAACUGUUCCGAUGCCAAAUAUAAAACAUGGUUCUAUGAGGGCCUAAUAGGGAAGAGGGAGUUGUCACAGCUAUUUAUGCACUUCUGUUUUGUUUUUAAUUAAAUGUUGCUAUUCAUCUUUGUCAAGCAAAGCCUCUCUUUUUUUAAAUCUGUGAAAAACAUUAUGAUGUGGAAGAACACUUGAUUGCCAUCACAUACACUGAAUUCUCUCUCCAGGUAACUGCUGAGCAGUUGAUCUGUGAGUAAAAAGCUAGAGCAGGACAGAAUUGUAGAGCAUGCAGUAGGUUUGAUGUUCAAAACUAUCUGAUAUUGCUUGAAGGAGGAAAUGAAUUUCUUUUGUACAUACAACCACAUAGAACUUGCAGCUAGAGUCUUCAUUAUGCUGUGUUUUCCCCAGACCACGAUCCUGUGCCUCAAUGAAGAUGGCAUGUGGGAUUUCCUCAGGAAGUAGUUGAUUGAGUAGAGGAGCACCGUUUAUCUGAAAUAUUUAAAACGUGGUCCUGAUUCUUAUUUGUGUACACGAUUGUCUUAUGCGUGGCAUGCAUUAUCUAAUGGCUAGCAUGGGUGAAGUGUGUUUAUUCAAAAAGGUACCACUUGAGAUUAUGUGAGAUCAUAUGAAAGCACCAUUUCUGGAUGAUUAUUUCCAUUCUCAGUCCCAUCUUUUCUUUCUUUUCCCUCUCUCCCCUGUAAGCUAUCUAUUAAUGUUACUGCAUUUAUAAACUUACUGAACUCAGAUCAGAUUGCAGUAAAAAUGGCACCCAGUGUUGUA